UUCGUUUGUUUUCAUUAGAUUAGAGAGGUUAUGUUAAAUAUUGCAAAAGUAUGAUAUUUUAUGUAUUUUAGUAUGUUGUUGCUAUAUCUUUCCUAACAUAUUGCAUUAUUAGUGAUACAAAUAAGAGAUAAUAAGGUCUGUUUAUUUUAAUUGAAACUCCAAAUAGGAAUAGUACAAGAAUUAGUACAAUACUAUAGAAGAAAUGUCGUCUUUUGAAAAUCUAUCGUCAACACAAAAAAUUCGCGCUGCUUUGCAUCGUGAUGUCCGAACUAUUGGCACGGAAACUUGCCAUUUCCUUGGUCUGGAGAUAACAAAGCCAGCUAUGGAAAUUGUUGCAGAACUUGUUUAUAAGAAACUGGCAGUUUAUGGCGCCGAUUUGGAAGCUUUUGCAAAGCAUGCCAAACGUUCUACAAUCACUGCUGAUGAUGUCAAACUUCUUGUGAGACGGUGUCCUUCCCUGAAAAGUCGCCUGGACGCUAUAACGCCGAGUCCUAAAGAAAAACGAAGAAAAACUGUAGUAAGCAAGCCAUCAGAAACACCAAUAUCAAAACAAAGAGAACCAGAAAACAUAAAUGCGAAACAAAAAGAGCCAGAACCUUCGACGUCAAAGCAAAAUGUUCCGGAAAAUUCGAAACAUGAAGAAAAAGGAGACGGCGUUGCAGAUUUCGAUAAUAUGGACAUUGAUGAUAAUAUGAUUGAUCUAACGUUUGAUUAAAACCCUUUCAAUUAUAAU